UUGAAAUAAUAACCGUAGCAAUGAUUAACUACGUAACACAUUCUUGUUAUUUCUAUGAUUUAUUUAUUUUUAAUUGUUAUUUUUAUUUCCUUACCUGUUUGAACACUAUUCAUAUUUGAACCGCUUUGCCGAUAUAUACCACAAUUGUAAUGAAAUGAUUUUAUGCAACUCCCAGAAGAAGGAGAUCCCUAAGUUAAGCCAAACAUGAAUGUGUAUCUUUGAGGUUAUCGUCCAAGGUUGUUUUUGAAACAAUGCUGAUAGUAGGUCUUCAGACGUAACAGAUAGUAAAUAAAUACUUUUACGAUUUCUAUGUCAGUGCACAGUGUAUAACGUGAUGGUUUUAAAGGUUCUUUUGGUCGGAACAGGUCUAACGAGCUCCCUUAUUGGGAAUUUCAUUAGGAAACAGUGCCAGAAGCCCUUGUUGUUAAUAACAUGGGAUAAAGCUAGAGGAACAGGUGGACGAAUGUCAACCAGUAGACAUCCAUCUGGUAGCGGCGAAGUUGAUCUAGGUGCACAGUACAUUACUUGUUUACCUGAAAACAAGAGUCGUCAUUUUGAAGUUUAUAAGACUUUGUUAGAUAAUCAUGUAAUCGAACCCUUAAGCGCUCGAGUUGUGGGCUUAAGAUUCCCUGAAGGUACUGAACAUUACGUUGCCCCGAAAGGAAUGAGUUCUGUGGUGAAACAUUUGCUGAAAGAUGUUUUUGAUGAAAUUAAUUUUAACCGUCGUGUAGUUUCAUUGUUGAAGGUAAAUGGUCAGUGGCUUGUUGAAUGUGAAGCAGGACAACAAGAAUUGUUUGAUAUAGUUAUCAUAACAAUACCAGUACCUCAAAUAUUGCAACUUUCAGGUACUGUAAACGAAAAUAUUACCCAAAAUAUCAAUCUAGGUAUUGCUCUAAAGAGUGUAAAAUUCAGUUCAAGGUAUGCUUUAGGAUUAUUUUAUGCUGAGAAUAUUACAAUAAAUGAACAGUGGGAUGUAAAGUACAUAUAUGAUGACAGCAUUUUUAGGUAUGCAGCAGUGGAUAACAUGAAACGCAACCAACCAGAUAGGCCAACAACAGCUGUACUUCACACAUCAGUGCAGUAUGGGGAAGAAAAUGUGGAGAGGAAUAUUGGUGAUGUGCAGUGUGAACUGAUGCAGCAUUUCAAAACUGUGUUCCCCCAUUGGCCAGUUCCUGAAACUGUGAAGUGCCACAAAUGGCGAUACUCACAGGUUGUCACACCAUAUUUGGGAACUCCAGGGUUUGUGACAAUAGAAGAAGAACCUUUGCUCUUAGCUGGUGGCGACAGCUUUACAAAGUCAACUUUUGAUGGUUGCAUUGAAUCAGCUGAGUUAGUUUCUCGGAAAGUUGUUGAAACCAUCAACACCAGAAGUGCCUAGCUAAUACUUGAUAUGACAACAAUGGCUGUUAUUAGUACCUAAACAAAAGUUGUUUUGUAAUAGUAAAAAUUUGUCCUUUAUUUAUGCAACCUAGUGUCUGAGGCAAGGGAGCUGGAGAAGGUGCAGCGUAGAGCAGUAACUUGCGUGAUGGGUAUGUGGUGGAGAAGGGAAGGGAAAUCUGGGGAAAUGCAUAGCUUGAUGGAAAUGAUUAAGGAGUUGGGGUGGAAAGCAUUACAGGGGAGUAGGAGGAGAGUGGAAGGUUAGUCAGACUGUAUAUGGUUAUAAAGGGACAGGGCGGUAGGGGUGCUGGUAACUAGGGUGCUCAGAGAUGCAGAGAUGGUUAUAGAGGACGGGAGAUCACGGGUAGAAACUCCAGAGGGAAUGGAGUUGAACAGAAAGAGGGAAGCAUAUCUUCCUUAUGAGGACAGAGAGGGAGUGGAAUGGGCUGGAAGAAGGAAUGCAGGGGGUAUGAGAGAUGCAAGGGAUCUGAGGAGACUAAAAGGAGUGAGGGGAAUGAGAGAAAGGGGAGGACUCCUAGCCACUGGAUGAAAGCCCAAUAUCAAUUGUAACAUGUCAAUUUCAAUUUGAAACCUCAACCAAAGGAUCCGUAAGUUUCAAGGCUGCAUUUGGUGAGAAACUUAUCAUAAAUGGAUGUCCUUUUUUUUUUUUUUUUUUUUUUUUUUCCAGAAUUCAGUUUGUAUUUACAAAUUUGUCAGAAAUUAUAAUAUUUACAAGUUCUAGUAAUUAAUUUGCCAGUAAUAAAUUAAUCAUGAAAGGAUGUAGACAACAGUUGUCUGGCUAACAACAAACUAUAAUUUUUUAAUAAAUGAUAAUGUCACAGACCCCUCAAAGGGUUUGAGGAUGCAUAAAAGGACACAAUAGACUCAUUCUAUCACGUAAAGCUGCAUCUAUGAGUAUAAGGAUCCUAGAAACUUCUAACGGUCAACAGAAAUAGCCAACAUAUUUUAGCCUAAAGGAUACUUUAAUGAGGUGUUUGGUGACAGCAAUUAUUUACUAGUUAAUAUAUUUUGAUAGUUUUACAAGUCAGUUUAGAAUUAUUGGAUCUAUUUUUUAUUUGACUGUUGAAGUGAUGUUUAAAUGUCAAGAAUAUAUUACAGUUUAGAAUACCCACAUGUGGUCAACAUCAGGCCUAAAGGCCUUGUGGAGAAAGGUGAAGCAGUGAUCACUUAUUGGAUUUGAAUUCCAGAGGACCCAGAUUCAAAUUCCGGUCAGGCCACUCUGGUUUCGAAUUCCAUGUUUUCUCUACCUCCUUGGUAAAUAUGUAGAGUAAUGGUAUCUGCGAAAAAAAAAUGCUAAAAAUCUGAAAAUACUUUUAUUAUGUGCUCUUUCACUUCCUCUUUUCAAUAAACCAGGCGGAGAUAAGAAAUUCCAAAUACUUUAGGAGAUAUUGAAUUUUUUAAUUUUGCAAUACAAGACAUGUGCAAUCUUUCAACCUCCGCAAUGUUUGUUAAUUUGCAGUGUGUUCGUUAAUGCGUAAUUAAAUAAAAUGGUCGAUUAGGUCAGGUCAGUUACAUUAUUAAUACUUUCAAAAUAAGCGGACAUUACACAUAAUGAGAAUUAAUUUUAAUGGCUGUUUAGUUUUAAAAUAUUUAUAAUGUAACUGACCUGACCAAACAAACCGGGACAAAGGAUGAACAGUAGGAACUAAAAUGGUUGAUUAGGUCAGGUCAGUUACAUAAUAAAUACUUUCAAACUAAACUGACAUUAAAAAUAAUAUGAAUUAAUUUUAAUGGUUGUUCAGUUUUAAAGUAUUUAUAAUGUAGCUGACCUGACCAAACAAACCAGGACAAAGGAUGAACAGUAGAAACUCACGUAAUUUUUUUUUUUUUACUUAUUACUUGCGCAACAAUAUCAAAAUAACAAAUAAAACAUUAAAAUUUGAAACCGUUAAAAACUCACCUAAGUUAGAGGCGGGUACAAUUCCUUUCCCAUUAGUAGAAAAUGAUGUAGUCGUUCACCUACGUCGUGAAAAAAAAAAAAUUCUCAUAAACAAGCAACAAUUGUUAAUGCCGCAUGAAUGCACAGGUAUUGUGAUGAAAAUUAAAAAUUUGAUAUCUCCUAAAGUAUUCAUAAUUUCUUAUCUCCGCCGGGUUUAAUGAAAAGAGGAAGUUAAAGAGCACAGAAUAAAAGUAUUUUCGGAAUUAAAAUUUUUUUUUUAACAAAUAUCGCCCAAAUGUGAUAAUUAAAAAAUUCGAUAUCACCUAAAGUAUUUCGAAUUUCUUAUCUCCGCCGGUUUUAAUGAAAAGAGGAAGUGAAAGAGCGUAGAAUGAAAGUAUUUUCAGAUUUUUAGCACUUUUUUUUUGCAGAUACCGUUACCGUACAUAUUUACCAAUCCUUUGAGACAAAUACUACUGGGAUGGUUCCUGCUUUUUUUAUAUUCUUAUUUUUAUUCUGUAUUUCUAUGAAACGUUAGUAGAUUGUCUAAAAUAACAAGAUCGUAAAAGCCUAAGUGUAUUUUUAUUGAUUUAAUUAAAAUGUGUUUCUGAGGUUAUAUUUUCAUAGGUGUUAUAAUUUGAAGUUUUAUAUAUUUAUAUAUUGCAGGAGUUAUCCAGUGAUUAUUGGUCGAAAUAUGUUUAUGACUUUGGAAAGUUUGGUUUGUGUUGCAAGAUCUGAGACAGUUGUUUCUUAAGUUAACUUUAAAAAAAUUAGUAGAUUAAUAUAAGUAGUAAGCUGUGGUUUUAUAUUUGUAGGAAAUUUCAGAAAAUUUUCUAAAAUAGGUAACAAGAUUGUAAAAGCUUAAAUAUUGUGUUUCAGGGUAUUGUUUCAAAAGCAACUGUUAAAAAGUGUAUAAACUUCUUGAAAUAUCACAAUGCUGUUUUUUGGAAUAAUUAAAUAGAAUAAGAGAACUCAAAAAUACAAUUUUCAGAUGUUAACUUUCAUUUUUUAGGAAGAGCACCUACUCAAGAAAAUUACUAAUGCUUGUUUCUAGAUUGUAUUUGUAAUGACAUUGUGACAACAUUGUGACCUGUCAACGUUGAGUCACGUGUAUGCAAUCCCGUCCAAUGGAUACAUGUCACAAAUCAUCUCUCAAUGGCUACAUUCCAAAUACUGAGCAUGUGUUAAUGUUGGGAGCUGCUUGGUUCGGUACAUAAAGGCAGUCUGUUGCUAAUUGGGCAAGCAUUUAUGGUGAUUGCUAUGAUUAUGUUGGUCAAUAAAUUCAAAUGCAUACUUCAAA